AUGGCCCCUCAAACCCCUACUCACCCGAAAGCCCCUUUAAAAAUCCUGAUGCUUCACGGUUACACCCAAUCAGGACCCUUAUUCCAUGCCAAAACCCGUGCGCUGGAAAAACACCUCAAAAAGUCCUUCCCCCUCCAUUCAGUCUCCCUCUCGUACCCAACGGGACCCCUUCACCUUUCUCCGUCAGAUAUCCCAGACUUCCAACCCUUCUCUACCCCAAGCGCAGAGGCUAAUGACACCGACCAACCUGAGUGCUUCGCAUGGUGGAGACGCUCCAACACAGCAAACCCACCCGAAUACCAAGGGCUAGAUGAGGGCCUUGAAACGAUUGCACGCGUGUUGGCUGACGAAGGCACCUUCGACGGUGUCAUCGGAUUCUCACAGGGAGCAGCUUUCGCGGCGAUGGUGGCGAGUCUGCUCGAGCCGGGACGCAAAGGCUCUUUUGAAUACUUUGCCGAUAUGGCAAAUCAUGAAUCCUCAAUAUCUUCCUCCAGUGCUGGAGAUCCUGUCACCGGCAUCCCUUUCCCUACCUCUUUCGACAAGCUGACGCAUCCACCCUUUAAAUUCGCCAUAUGUUAUUCUGGCUUCAUUGCGCCGGGUGCGCGGUAUCGAGCCUUUUACGAUCGGCCGAGAAUCCAGACACCCGUGCUGCAUGUGCUGGGUAGUUUGGAUGGUAUUGUCGAGGAGGACAGGAGUAGGAUGUUGAUCGGUGCCUGCGCGGGGGAUGCAGAGAAAGAAGGGAAGGUGAUUUGGCAUCCUGGCGGGCAUUUUUUGCCCAGUCAAAGACCGUAUUUGGAUGGGGCGGUUAACUUUGUUAGGGAGUGUUUGGAGAAACAGACUGUGGAUGGGUUGAUAGAAGAGAAGGUGGAGGAUAUGGAGAUGCCGUUUUAGAUAUGGUAACUCUCUGACGUGGGAUUGUAUUAUGGAAUACCCUCCAUGAUUUUUUUCUCUUCUUUUGAGAGUGGGGACUAGCUUGUGUACAAUGACUAGAAAAA